GUGAGACUCCAUUGUCCAAUAUUCCCUCCAGAAAUUCACUCUCUCCCUCUUCACACAACUUUUAAUUUUUAAUUUUUCCAUAGUGAUCGUCACUAAAACUAAUAGAAAAAAAUGACGACCCCCUCAAGACCCACCACCCCCACGGUCACGACCCCCCUGCUCACAACCUACUUCAAAACCAAGAAACGUCGCCUGUCCCCCACCUCCACGGACCUCGAACCCCCAAAGAAAAUCCAGAAUAAAGUCUCCUUUGUACAGAAAGGGAUGCUGUCCCCGGAGAAAAAACGACCAAGGUCCGACGACGCGGUCACCAAGGAAACGCCGGAUUUAAAAAAACUGCUGAGCAAGGCGGGGAAGCUGGAGGAGCUAAGGGGCGUGCUCGGGAGGUGGAGGGAGGCGGAGAGGAGGAGAGAAAGUGGGAGGAAGAAGGAAAGUGGGGUGCAGGAGGAGCCGCCACUGGAAAUUGCCAGUGAAGAGAAGUCGCCAGUUAAGGAAAUUAAGGAAAAACCAUCCGACAUUUUCACGUCCCCCGUUAAAUUAAAGGACAUCCAGGAGGAGAAGAAGCCACCAGCCUUUAGAAAGUUCCGCCACUUACUAGAUAAGCAGCCCGUCCUUCUUCCGAAAUCAUCACCACCAUCACUCCCACCCACCCCCAACCUCUUACCCCUCCCCCACCCCUCCACCCUGCUCCUCACCCUCUUCACCUCCAUGGAAACCAUCACCUCGAUCCUCACCAACCGCUCGGAACUCGCGACCUUCCCCAAAAUCCGUCACGGCGUGGCCUCACUCACCCGGAGCGUGGCCCUCCGAGAGUCGCACCUCGCCCAGUUCCUCACCGUCUUGCCCAAUUGCUAUUUGGUCACGAGGGAGGGGAAGGAGCUCGUAGUGAAAUUCCCCCAUGGACACAAGCACGGGUUGCACGGGAGAAAAACCGAGUUUGAAGGGGCUUUGAGGGGAAUUGUCCUGAGGGAGCAUGAGAAAUUCCUGCUAACCUUGACCCCCCCUUUGGUCCUCCCCCCUGACACCGUAAUAACCCGCUACCACCCGAAAUUCCCACUUGAGAAACUCCCCCCGAUUUUACCCUCUCCACUCCCGGAAAUCCCCAAGGAAACCGUGGUCAGCGCCAAGGAGUUGAUCCUCCGCGCCAAGGGACUAGUUUGCGCGGAGUCACGUGACCAGCAGCGCGACGUGGCGCAACCCGCGAAAGUUAACCCCACUCAAAAAGUGGAUUUAAACAAGUUGAAAGGGGUUAGUCGGGCGCUUAUCGAGAAGAUCCGCGCGCGCGAAACCCAGACCCUGGCCGCGACCCUAACAACCCCCCCCGCGACCCUCCACCGCGCCUCUCUCCUGGAAAAACUCCCCCGCCUCGUCCCCAUUCUCCGGAACAUGUUCAAUUUAGAGAAAAAAUGUUCCCUCCUUUUCGACGUUGUCGUGGAGCGCUGCGUUCAUUCCUAUGGCAACGGCGCGCUGCGGAGCGAAAUAAUCCAGCAAAUUAACCUCCUCGCGGCUGUGGCGCCUAAAUUUUUGCAGAUUAUCAAAUUAGACGUCACGUGGGUUAAGGUGGAUUUGGGGUUGAAUUUGGGGGAGGUCGUGGGGGGGAUUAAAUUGGGGGUUUAGUUUUUUGUAUAUUUUUUGAUAUUAAUUUUGGUAAUAAAGUGAUUCAUUCUUUGGCAUAGA